GUGAGCCGUUUUGAAACACCAAACAGAAGCAGUUCAUUUGUUUUGUUCAGUGACUGACAGCAGCUGGACUGAGAGCCAGUUUGGCCACUUUAGCAUCUUUGAAACAGUUUUAGGGACCUGUGCGAUGGCGGGGAAGCUUCUGGAGUUUGAGACCGAGAUGUUUCUGAGUCUUUUUGGUUGUGACGGGCUGCUGGUGGCGGCAGAGGGUCUGGGGAUAGACCGCGUCCUGCUACAGUUCAUGCAGGUUUACUCGGAGAAAGACAGCCUCGUCCUUCUGCUCAACACAACCACACCUGAACAGGAGUAUUUUACAGAGCAGUUGAAAAUAGAAGGUGUAACGCACCUGCCCAGGACAGUGACCAGUGAUGUUCAGAGUGCUGAACGGUACCAGGUUUACACUGAGGGAGGGGUCCUGUUUGUCACCAGCAGAAUCCUGGUGGUGGACUUCCUCACAGACCGCAUCCCUGCUCAUCUCAUAUCAGGUAUCCUGGUGUAUCGAGCUCAUAAGAUCAUUGAGUCGUGCCAGGAGGCCUUCAUCCUUCGCCUGUUCAGACAGAAGAAUAAAACUGGCUUCAUUAAGGCCUUCACAGAUAAGGCCACAGCUUUCUCCUCUGGCUUCUGUCAGGUCGAACGUGUCAUGAGGAACCUGUUUGUCAAGAAGCUCUACUUGUGGCCCAGGUUCCAAGCGUCUGUGAACACAGCGCUGGACAAACACAAGCCAGAAGUGGUGGAGCUGCAUGUGUCAUUAACASCAGCAAUGAGGGCCAUCCAGAGCUCCAUUCUGGACCUGAUGAGCGCCUGUCUGAAGGAGCUGAAACGAUAUAACCCUACUCUGGAGGCCGAGGACCUGUCUCUGGAGAACACACUAGGAAAUGGAUUUGAAAAGACUGUUCGUCACUACCUAGACCCCCUGUGGCAUCAGCUAGGAGCAAAAACUAAAGCCCUGGUUCAGGAUCUCAAGGUGCUCAGAGUCCUUCUACUCUACCUCACUCAGUACGACUGCGUUACCUUCCUCAACCUGCUCGAAUCUCUGCGCUCCAGCCAAAAAAACUUUGGCUCAAAUUCAGGAUGGCUGUUUCUGGACUCGAGCACCUCCAUGUUUGUGAAUGCUCGGGGCAGAGUGUACCGCAUUCCGGAGACCAAAAAGAAACUCAAAGUAGGAGCAGACGCAGAGAAACCGAAGUCUUCCACUGCCUCAGAGGUGAAGAGGGAGCUGGUGCUGGAGAGGAGUCCGAAGUGGGAGGCUUUGAGGGAGGUGCUGGAGGAGAUCGAGAAGGAGAACAAGAACUCACAACAUGAAGCAGGUCGUGUGCUGAUUUGUGCAAGUGAUGACCGGACUUGUGCCCAGCUGCAGCAGUGCAUCAGACACGGCUCUGACUGGCUGCUGAAUCGACUGUACACCCGCACCAUCGCUAAACGAGACUCCUCAGCUGCUGCUGCCUUUGAACUGGACUCGGACAAAAAGGCAAAAAAACGGGUCMAAAAGGGAAGCAAAGGAAAGGAGCCUGCAAAGAAAAACCUCACAAAGACCACAAAAAGCAAAAGCAGACCCUCUCUGACCCUGACCCAGAUGAUGGGGCAAGAGGAGUCCACCGAGGAGGCGGUGAUGGGCAGCAGUGGAGACGAGGAGGACGAAGGCGAGGAAGAGCAGCUGAAGCUCGAUCUGUCAUCAGAUGCUUAUUACGGUGUCCUGAAGGAGCCACUGACGGUCAUCCACCCCCUGAAAGGCUGCACCGACCCACAUAGUUUGACCCGGGUGCUGCACGAGGUGGAGCCCAGCUUCGUGGUACUGUACGACGCAGAGCUGAGCUUUGUUCGCCAGCUGGAGAUCUAUAAAGCUAAUCGGCCCGGGAAGCAGCUUCGAGUKUACUUCCUGAUCUACGGAGGCUCGACAGAAGAACAGAAGUAUCUGACGACGCUGUCAAAGGAAAAGAAGGCCUUCGAACAUCUCAUCAGAGAAAAAGCYACAAUGGUCAUCCCAGAGGAGAGGGAGGGGCGAGGAGACACCAACCUAGACCUGGCCAGGAGUUUAGAGCCUGCCAACGCCACAACCAACACCCGCAAAGCAGGAGGCCAGGAGCAGUCCACAGAGCCGUCCCGAGUCAUCGUGGACAUGCGUGAGUUCCGCAGUGAGCUACCCUCGCUGCUUCACCGCCGCGGGCUGGACAUCGAGCCCGUCACCCUGGAAGUGGGCGACUACAUCCUGACCCCAGACACCUGCGUGGAGCGUAAGAGCGUCAGUGACCUGAUUGGCUCGCUGCAGAGCGGUCGCCUCUACACCCAGUGCCUCUCCAUGACCCGCUACUACAGAAAACCAGUGCUGCUCAUCGAGUUCGACUCGUCGAAACCCUUUUCCUUGACGGCUCGCGGAGAUUUCCGCAACGAGAUUUCAUCGAAUGACAUUUCUUCCAAGCUCACGUUGCUCACGCUGCACUUUCCUCGGCUCCGGAUCCUGUGGUGCCCCUCCCCUCACGCCACAGCUGAACUCUUCUUGGAACUGAAGCAGGGCCGCCCUGAGCCUGAUGCUUCUGCAGCCCAGGCUGUCACAGCUGAGUCAGACACGGUGGCUGAGUCAGCUGACCUCUACAACCCUGGGCCGUAUGACUUCCUGUUAAAAAUGCCGGGGGUCAGUACGAAAAACUGCAGAGCUCUGAUAAAACAUGCUGACAGCCUGGCAGAUGUAGCCAAACUCAGCCAGAACAAACUAGCUGAAAUACUUGGGAAUGCUAAUAAUGCUAGGUUGCUUUAUGAGUUUCUGCAUAAUGUUGCUGAUGUUCCUGCUCCUGCACAGAAAAGCAAACAAUCAUGACAUAUAUUUAUUGUUUAACAUCCAGUGUGCAUUCAAAAUUGUUAAAAUGAGGUUAAUGUUAAAUAUUUUACUUUAGUAUUUGUAGAGUAAAACUUUGAUAUCAAAUGAGUUGUGCAUUAUGUAUUUGUAAAAAAWUAACUAAAAUAUGCUGACAUUGCUAUUCUAUUUUGUACAGUUCUUUCCAAAUAAWAUGUGCAUAAUUUUCAAUUUUGGGGUUUUGCUAAUAAAAUAAUUUUAAUCUAACAGUUGCCAGGUAUUCCAGAAUAAAUGUUUUAGAACUUUUUUUGAACAUCUAAACAGAAAAAAUUAUCAACGCUUUUCGUUUACUGUAAUUCGAUGUUUAAUUAUCUAAUCCCCGUUUGGCCUGAAAUGAUCAGGAGGUGGAGACUUUUUUAUACCUUUUGUAGAAUUUCUGUAGCUUCAUAUGUUUUUGCUUUCUUUACAAAUAGUAUCUUGACAAGUAUGAAAAAAAUGUAUGGUUUUAAAAACUGUUUUUAGUAAUUAUUAAAAACUGCUAAUAUAA